AUGAGAAAUCAUCGCCAAUACCGGUUGCCCAGAACCUCUUUAUCCCCAAUGAAUCAUGUUAUUGAACUGUUGGAUGAUGCUGCAGAUGAUGGAGCAGGGCUGACCGGCUCAUCACAGAAGUCAAAGCCUGAGAUUUUUACGCUGACAAGUGACGAUAGUAUUCAACCUCCCAAGGGACAAUCUCAAACCCAAUAUCCAUCGUCCCCUAAAGAGAUAGAAGUCAUCACAGAUACUAGUAUUCAUCCUUCGAUAGGAUCCAUUGAGAUAUCUGCCCCUUUUUGUCAAGACCUAUGCACUACCGUGGGAGACGAAAGCUCUAUAGAUGGAGACUUUGAGCCUCGACCAAGAAGUGGCAAGCGAAUAUUAGAGGAGAUACUCAAUGAAGACUCUUCUAUUUGCUAUCCGAGAGUCGACAGCAGCACAACCUGCGAGGUGAAGCUGAAAGAUGGAAUGAAAAGAUUAAGAGGCCUAGAACAGGAGCACUCACAAAAGCAUUCUCCCGUCAGAGAAGACUUAGCUUAUACACACGACGAUGUUUCCAAAAACAGGAAGGCAGGCGUGUUAGAGACAGGUGCUGAUAUUUUGGAAACAUACCCAAUAUCCUCUCCUGCCGCCGACUUAGCCGGAUCCAAGAGAUUGAAAAGAGGCCAAUCUCGUCAACUUUUUGUUCAGAACAGUGACUGCUCUUUUAAUGCCGAAGAAGUCAGCGAGAGUGAUGUCUUGAGCCAGGGCUCGGUUUCAGAGAGCGAAAUUCAACGGAAUUCAAUCCCGACAAGCGGCAAGGUAAAAGGUGUACCAAUUUUACCUGUUGCUUUGCCAAACCGGCGUGAUAAGCAUACUGAUGCCUUCAACAAUUCUGUGAAAGUCAAAGGUGUAAUUGAUCAAGCGGGCUUAAGCCAAUGCAGGCGAUCCGAGAUUUUGGAGCUGAACGUCAGAAAGUUUCCUUCGGACAAGAAUUGCAAAGAUAAUCCGUGUUUACCCGAUGAGUUAUCAAAGCCUGCCAGAUCCUCAGAAAGCGACAGUGAUGAGAGGACGAGCGCCAGAGAGGCAUCUAAUGAUAUGUCGAAAGCUAGGGAAGUUAUCAGGCUAACUCCGUACAUUGUUCACGGCAGAUGCUACAGUGAUGAUGAAGCGCUACGACUAAUGCAAACCUGGCUGGGAAACAGUCGACGUGCUUUCAAGGAGAGCAACCAGAUAUACAGAAGCAACGAAAAAGCUAGAUCCUGCAUAACAGUGACAAUGUCGAGUCGCUUGAUUAAAACAUUUGAAAGCUCCGGAUGCGAUCUUGAGAAUGGCAUCAAACCAGCAACCUUACAGGCGAGCAUUGAAGAAGAACUUCCCCGAAUUGGCUUCUUGCGAACAUGUGAAAGUGAGUAUGACUUUGCUCAUGACAUCUUCUUUCCUUGUGAAAAAACAGCCGUUGAGGAAGCACUUUCUAUACUUUACUAUGACGCUCAGGUUUUUUUUGAACUCUACAGAACUGAUAAAGAGUACCUUUUCAGAAGAUUUAGAUCUUUCACAAGAUCAGGAAAGUAUCUGAUUGUGGUGCUAAGCAAUCUGAAAAGACUGGCGAGAGCCCUAGAGGCUCUGGAGGAUAAAAAGUACAAAGCAAGGGUUCAAGAUGAAUUGACUGGUUCCCAAGCAACUAGAGGGCAUAAUUCAAAAAAGAAAACAAGCGUUUUGGAGGAUCUUAGCAUGAAGAAAUUCGACAUUGAGCAAAGACUGAGAUUUAUAGAUCGUCUCUGGGGUGUCAGAAUACAUGUUGUCUCGUCCCAUGCAGAGUUUACAGAAUCGCUGCCGAACUUGGUGUCUUUAAUUGCCAAGCAGCGUAUGGAUCCCGCUAUAAGGUACAUGCGAUAUUCUCACAUCAACGCAAGGUCAGGUAAAGACAAGACAGAUGUCCUGCGACAGACAUUGCAACAAAUCAACAAAAUGCCCGAAUUGAAGGCCAACAGUGUUAUAGCUGCCUAUUCUACAUUUCAAGCUCUCUUCACUGACUUUAAGAAAGGUGAAUUAAAAUCAGGACUUGACGGACAAUACCUUAUGACAGAGGCCAUGGAAGCAAGACUGUAUAAACUGUUCACAUGCGAGGAUCCAAACGAAUCGAUACAGUAA